AUGUCACAUCAAACUUACAGAUCAACGCGGUCUACUACUGACCAAACUUUAUCUUUCGAAGAUGCGGUCAUGACAGGCCUCGCCUCUGAUGGCGGUCUUUUUGUCCCAUCAACUAUUCCGGUGUUGAAAAGCCUGUUCAUUACUGAAUGGAAGGAUUUUUCCUUUCAAGAGUUGGCAUUCAAUAUUAUGCGUCACUAUGUUGCUGAAUCAGAGAUCCCUAAUGAUGAUCUUCACUCAUUAAUUGAUAAGUCAUAUUCCUCUUUUAGAUCCUCCGCUGUCACUCCCACGGUGCCCUUGGAUGAGAAACGUGGACUUUAUUUACUCGAGCUAUUUCACGGACCAACGUAUGCUUUCAAGGAUGUGGCUCUUCAAUUUGUUGGAAAUCUUUUUGAAUACUUUUUGGAAAGACGUAAUAAGCUCAUUGAAGACGAAAGCAAGCGUACGAAGAUCACGGUGGUAGGCGCAACAUCUGGCGAUACCGGGUCUGCUGCAAUAUAUGGCUUGCGAGGCAAGAAAGAUGUCUCCGUGUUUAUUUUGUACCCUAAAGGAAGAGUUUCUCCAAUUCAAGAGCAACAGAUGACUACUGUGGAGGAUGAUAAUGUACACACAUUGUCUGUGAAUGGUACCUUCGAUGAUUGUCAAGACAUUGUGAAGGAACUUUUUGGGGAUGAAGAAUUCAAUCUGAAGUACAACAUAGGCGCAGUCAACUCAAUCAAUUGGGCAAGGAUCUUAGCUCAGAUGACUUAUUACUUUUACUCCUAUUUUCAGCUUGUAAAGAGAUUGGAAGGUCAAGAUAAUGCUAUCAAACCAGACAUAAGAUUCGUUGUACCAUCUGGAAAUUUUGGUGACAUUUUGGCGGGAUUCUAUGCCAAGUCAAUGGGGCUACCAGUCGACAAAUUGAUUAUCGCGACAAAUGAGAAUGAUAUUUUGGACCGUUUUUUGAAACUGGGCAAGUACGAAAGAAGUGGAGAAGUCAAAGCUACUUACUCUCCAGCAAUGGAUAUCCUCAUUUCCUCUAACUUCGAAAGGUUGUUGUGGUUCUUAAUUCGUGAAAGGGUCGCUAAUCAGAAUAGUUGCGAAGCAGGUGCUAUAUUGAGCAGUUGGAUGAAGCAGUUGAAAAGCUCUGGCUCGUUUACUGCAGCAGAUGCAGUCGUGAAGCUGGCAAGAGAACACUUUGGGUCUGCGAGAGUUACUGAUGCUGAAACACUUCAGACAAUAAGGGAUACUUACGAUACGCAUCCUUCCAAGUACGUCUUAGACCCACAUUCUGCCAUAGGUGUGAAAGCCUCAUAUGAUUUCAUCAAGUCAGACUCAUCGAACGGCGAUGGAAGGUUAGUGAAAUACAUUUCGCUUGCCACUGCUCAUCCAGCUAAGUUUGCAGAUGUUGUUGACAGGGCCUUGCUGUCUGUGGAAGGCUACUCAUUCGAAAAGGAUGUCUUGCCAGAAGAAUUGAAGGUUUUGGCUGCAAAAAAGAAGCGUGUCACUCAUGUAGACCUCGCUAUCUCUCAAAGAGUGAAAGAAGUGAUAGCCGCGAAGUUGCACGUUCAUUGA